AUGGAGUCAACUUCAUAUUUUUUUCAAUCUUCGCUCCGGACUUUGCACGCCGGCGCAACGACAAUACUUGGAGCUAUUGGCGCAGGAACAUGGAGGGAAGAUCAAUACGAAUUGCUAGAAGGGGCUCCGCGGAGGUCCCAAUCCUAUUAUGCGCACUCUAAAAAGAGGACCUGGACCAUUGUCGGGCUGACAACGACGGUGAUUCUGGUCCUUUGGUACCUCGUUGCGGGUAAUCUCUCCGAGACUUCAAAUCGACCCACCGAUACGCUCGAAGAACGCGCUUGUCACCACCCUGUAGCUCGACUUGUCUCAACUGCUAGGGAAGCCUUCAGCGAGACCCUACAACACCAAUCUAAGUCCUUGGCCGAAGCAGUGGCAGAAUACCAGCGACGAUAUCAGAUGCCUCCGCCUCCGUAUUUUGAUGAAUGGUAUAAUUUUGCAACGUCACGCAACACAGUUUUGAUUGACGAGUUUGAUACAAUAUACCAUAACCUUCUGCCAUUUUGGGGACUCACGCCUAGUGUGAUGCGCUCUCGUGUCCGAGAAGAUCUUGGUCGGAUAAACAGCACUUAUGUCAUGGGAAUCGCCAUUCGUAACGGCAGGAUCCUUGAUUUUGGCAAGGGCCAGGGAGAGUUCCAGAGAGAAGCGACAAUAAAGAUUCUCGAAAAGUUCUCUCAAUGGCUACCAGACAUGAACUUGCAAUUCAAUGCUCAUGACGAGCCGCGAGUCGUAGUCCCACACGAGCAGUUGCAUAGAUUUGUCCUCGAAGGCCAAAUGGCACAAUCUCGGCUUAAAUCCCAGUCGAAUAUUUUAAAGUCCUUCUCAGCGGGAGAUAUGGAUGACCCAGUUCCGCCAGUGCCGGCUUCUACAAGCAGGUGGAACAACAUUGAAUUCCAAGAGACAUGGCUUUAUUCGCGACUCUCAUGCCCACCAAAUACACCUGCUAUGGCGCUAGAUGGGAACGCGCCGGACAACACAACUGCCUAUGCCAUGGAACCUUUGGGUUUCGUCUUCAAUCAAUCUGCGGCUAGUGACAUCUGCAAUAGCCCAUCACUACGACAUCGACUUGGGGUCUUUCAACGGCCUAAUUCUUUCAAAUUGACAAACGAACUUACCCCAAUGUUUUCCAUGUCUCAUCCGUCCUCGUUCCAAGACAUUGGUGUUCCUUCGCCAUUUUAUUAUGAAGAUAUGUCGAGCUUUGACCCGGAACGCUCGGUGCCGUGGGAAGAAAAGCAGCCCCAGAUCUGUUGGCGGGGUAGAACCACCGGGGGCCACAGUCAAAAUGGCAGCUGGCGCAACCUGCAACGUCAGCGUAUCAUUGGAAAUAUGACUCACCCCCAAUCGCCCCAAUAUAUCAUGCAUCAAAAGACUGAUGCGGCAUGUACCUCGGAACUCGACACCACUUGGGAGAUCCAGGAAGCGGACCAGUCCCAGGUAGAGGAUUACUUCAAUGCCCACUUCACGGGUAUCAUCGAUUGCGAUGAUGACUGCGCCGAAGAAAGAAAAUUCUUCGAUGAUAUUGUGGAACCAGAACCUCAGAGUAAUGCCUGGAAAUUCCGGUAUCUGCUGGACAUAGAUGGCCAUGCGUACAGUGGUAGGUUUUACGCCUUGUUGCGCAGCAAGGGCGUUCCGUUCAAAAUGACUUUCUUCCGUGAAUGGCACGAGAACAUCUUGAUUCCAUGGGUUCACUAUGUGCCGAUUAACAAGGAUGGCAAUGAACUUGCUGAAUUGGUCCGUUUCUUCGAGCAGGAUGCCGCAGGUCGGGACAUUGCACGAUCCAUUGGCGAAGAUGGCCAGUCUUGGGCUGCUCGGACCCUCAGAAAUGAUGACAUAGAGGUCUACAUGUUUCGACUUCUCUUGGAGUACGCUCGUGUACAAGAUGAUGAUCGAGAGAGCCUCGGGUUUGUUUUAUAG